CUUUAGCAACCCAUUCAAGCCAACAAGUUUGGAGAGAAUGUUGAGUUUAAUCAAUUCAGAACGUCGAGAUGGAGCCCAACUCGCUCAAGUGGGUAGGCUCAGCUUGUGGCUUACACGGAUCAUACAUUUUCUACAAGGCUUUUAAAUUUCACCUUGAAGGCAGACCAAGAAUUUUGUCCCUUGGCGAUUUUUUCUUUGUAAGAUGUAAGCCGGAGGAUCCGAUUUGCAUAGCAGAACUACAGCUGUUAUGGGAAGAACGAACGACCAAGCAACUUUUAUCCAGCUCCAAACUUUAUUUUCUCCCAGAAGAUACCCCCCAAGGAAGAACUGCCGUUCAUGGAGAGGACGAGGUUAUUGCAGUUUCAGAGAAAGUCAUUGUAAAGUUGGACAACUUGGUGAAAUGGGCCAACUCAGAUUUCUCCAACUGGAAGUGUGGUCUCCAAGCCAUGCCUUUAAAGCCAUCAGUCCAGAAGGAGCUGGGAAUGAUCGGACUGGUGGAGGCCUUGCAGAAAUACAGGCAAUCAACACUCGACAGCGGCCUCAACUUCAAAGACGUCUUGAAGGACAAGGCUGAACUGGGUGAAGACCAUGAGGAGAAAAGGGUUCUGAUCCUGAGUUACCCACAGUACUGCCGCUAUCGAUCUAUGAUUGUCCGUCUUCGGGAAAGACCCUCGUCCUUAUUGACAGACCAGAUUGUGCUGGCCCUGGGAGGUAUUGCGGCCUUGAACAACAACACUCGGAUACUGUACUGUCGGGAUACCUUCGACCACCCUUCGCUGAUUGAGAACGAGAGUAUAUGUGAUGAAUUCGCUCCGAAUCUCAAAGGCCGACCUCGCAAGAAGAAGCCCUCCACCUCGCAGAGGUCCCAGGUCUCCAGCGGUGUGAAAGAGUCCAGCAGCAGUUGGGAUGGGAAGGCCCUUGCCAAGGUAAAAACAGAAACUAAAGCUGUCAUGGCCAAACCCAAAAAUAACAGUAACUGUAAAAAAGCAACGGCUGAUGAGGAGCCUAAGGUGGGAGCAGGGGAGGAAUGCAGAGCCGAUGAGCAGGCUUUCCUUGUAGCGCUGUACAAAUACAUGAAAGAAAGGAAAACACCCAUAGAGCGGAUACCUUACCUUGGGUUCAAACAGAUAAACCUUUGGACGAUGUUUCAAGCUGCUCAGAAACUGGGAGGAUAUGAAUUGAUAACAGCCCGCCGACAAUGGAAAAGUGUUUACGAUGAACUGGGCGGGAACCCUGGAAGCACAAGCGCUGCGACUUGCACAAGACGACAUUACGAGCGACUCAUCCUGCCGUAUGAAAGAUAUGUCACUGGGGAGGAGGAUAAGCCCCUGCCAGCUGUGAAACCCCGAAAACCGGAGAGCGGGCCCCAGGAGGGGGGGAGCAAAGCAAAAUUGGCUGCGCCAAAGCGCAUGAAAUCUGAACAAAGCCAAAAACCAAAUAAGGAAAAAGACAUUUUGCCAAAAGCCAUGGAAACCUCUGCGGGGGCUGACGUUACAGUGGAGUGCCCGGCAGUGGCAGAACAGAAACCAGCAGUCCAGCAGCAACAGAACAGCGUGGUACAGGAGGAGGGGGUGAAGGAAGAGGAGGAAGAAGAAGAGGAGGAGGAGGAGGAGGAGGAGGAGGAGGAGGAGGAGGAAGAAGAAGAGGAAACAAAGUUUACUGAAAAAAACGAGAUCAUGGACAAUUACACCAGUAAGAAUGCAAUCAAAGUGGAGAUUCAACCCCUUGUUACACUUCCAAGCUCAUCGUUGACGUCGGCUGAGAACAGCCCCUCAGAAAGAACCACUAGCAGCACACCACUCCAGACAGAAACUGAGACCCUCGCUAACACUAAACCAGAGCAACAGAUGCACUGCCUCUUGGACAAAUUAUGCAACGAACUGCAGGAAAAAGCAGCCAGUGCACUGCCUUCGACUUCUCCGCAGCUGUUAAGUCACAGCAACCUGCAGGACCAAACACAGAAUCUGGACCCUUCCGAAACUCCAGACCACCAGGACAAGACCAUGUAUGCUUUGAAACAGCCCGCCAGAGUCCACACAAUCGCAGAAACCUCAACUGAAAAAAAAGAGGUGGCCAGUAAGGAUGAGGCUUGUUUAAGCUACUCACCAGUCUUGUACCCCAGGGGCAACCCUGGCAUUAUGUCUCCAUUGGCCAAGAAGAAGAUGCUGUCUCAGGUCAGCAGUACAAACUUGCCAAACAAUUAUUCACUCGGUCCUCCCCCACCUUUGGUAAAUAAGAAAGCCUUCAACGUUGAUGAGUCAGCUGGAUCGCAAGGUUCACAGGUUUCCAACUCGGAGAUUGGUAUGAUCAAUAGACCAUCCGUAAUCCAACAUGCGCAGAGCUUUAAAAUACAAAUUCCAGAUGAAAGGAGGCCCUUAAGGGAAGUCAUCGAGCAUGACUUGUCUGGUAAGCCUGAUUCGUCUGUUCCCAUCGCGAACCACCAAUUUGGUUCUCCUGGAAAGACCUACAGUCUGAGACCCGACAUCCACGACAGCAAGGAAAAAAACACAGUGAAAAAGGCAGUACACCCUUCCCAGGUACCCAGCUUCCUUGCAGAGUUCUAUUCCUCACACCACCUGCACAACCUUUACAGGCAAACCGAGCACCAUCUUAACAGAGAACAGUUGUCCAAAUACCUAGGAAGAGAGAUGCAGUUCAAGAGAGAUUACGAAAAGACGCCGGCUUUAGCUCUAAAGAAACACCCAGAUAAGACUGGUUUAAGUUAUUCUUCCCCUACAAAUCAAAAAGAAAGGAUGUCUCCAGCUAAAUUGUCUUUAGACGACCAACCCACAGACUUAAGUCUACCCAAACCCUCUGCUCACAAACAGCUUUCAUCCAAGCCAUUGGCAUCCAGAAUCUGUCACUCUGACAUGCACCAGGACAGUAAAACCACACCACUUUUUCAAAUCAACAGCAGCCAGGCCUCCAGCCUCAACUGCAACCCUAAGGCAUGCCGUGUUCCUCCAAUGACCAUGUUGACUCCCAAGAAACCCACCGAACCGCUUCACAGAGCGCCGUGGAAACCCCACAAAGCACAGGAAGACGACAUCCCAACGCGGAAGAUGGAAGAAAUAGUCCGGCCAAUUUUGAGCACCAAAAGCAGCCCGCAGAACAUUGGAGCUGCUCGACCUCUGAAAAGAAACCUGCAGGAUCUGGGGAGCGGUCCUCCAGAGAAAAAGAUCAAGGCUGUAACUCCGAUGCAUUCGGUUAAAGAGACCGCGGGGAAAGCAAAAACGCCCAGCCUUGCAGAUUCUGAAGGAAGCAAAUCUUUGGAAUCUCUGCAUGCUGUGCAUGCUAGCCACCUUUACGAUAGCCAUAAGUACUCCCUGCCUACCCCUAUCUUUCCAGGAUUGUACCCUGGAGCCUUUGUAUCUCAGGUUCAGGACAUGUGCGACAGCCUGGGCUCCCAUAUCCCAGCGGGUUACGCUCAUCCUCUGCAGUACUUGAAAAACCAGGCUGUGAUCUCGCCACUGAUGCCGCCACUGGCCGUCCAUUCCUUCAUGAUGCAAAGACAACUGCUUGCCUCUUCCGCUCACCCACCGCAGCUCUACAGGCACCCCAUGGGAGCCUCUUACGGGAACUUCUUGCACCACAUGUACCCUUUAACCGCGUUGAACGUGCAGUCCGCUUUCAAUCCCGCGCAGAUGUCUUCUGUGCAUCCCAGUACGAAACUUUAAUCUGGAAUUGAAGACCGUGUAAGACAUUAGCGUAUAGCCUGACAUUCCAUAUGGCAAAGUAAUUAAAAACAAUUCCACCUGAACGAAUGGUAAUUUUUGUAUUUCGCAUGUCUGUGUUAUCAUAUAUAUGGAUAGCAGAAUACGAUGCUCUUGAAUCUGAAACGACAUCCGUUUUUUCUCCAGAUUUUGCCACUUUAUACAAAAAUGAUAAUUUGCACAUUACUUUGACUGUGGGACGAUUGGUGGAUUCAUUCAUGUUCAUUCCUGCUACUUUGGAUUUGCUGUCUAGGUUUUAGAUGUUUAAAAAGAGGUGAAAUGAGCAAUAAUGUAGUCGAGUUUUCAGACAGGAUGGCAGGCAAUUACUAAAAUAAUUAUGGCUGGUUAUCCAAAGGACAGUUUUAAGAUAAAUACAAGUUGUAUGGCAAAUCAAUGCAAUGUACAGUGCAGUUUCUGGAUUUACUUAAUCUUACAACACUAUGAAAAAUUACAGAAGUUAACACUGUUAAGGUGGCCGUACAUAUUUGAAUCAAGGUUUACUGUCAGAAGAGUUUCUCUAUAUUAUUUAAUAUUAUUCUGUAUUGUGCAUUUUUUUU